GGAAUCCCCGAACUCAGUCCUGACUGCGGCCGGGUCUCCGAGGUGGGCCUCUAGUCCGAUCCGCUCUCCGUGCACGUACCCCGCGCGCCCCGCACCCGGCCAUGUCGUCCUGCAGCCGCGUGGCGCUCGUGACCGGAGCCAACAAGGGCAUCGGCUUCGCCAUCACGCGGGACCUGUGCCGCCAGUUCUCGGGGGACGUGGUGCUCACGGCGCGGGACGAGGCGCGGGGCCGGGCGGCCGUGCAGAAGCUGCAGGCCGAGGGCCUGAGCCCGCGCUUCCACCAGCUGGACAUCGACGACCUGCAGAGCAUCCGCGCCCUGCGCGACUUCCUGCGCAAGGAGUACGGGGGGCUCAACGUGCUGGUCAACAACGCGGGCAUCGCCUUCAAGUUUGAUGAUCCGACGCCCUUUGACAUUCAAGCUGAGGUAACUCUGAAGACAAACUUUUUUGCCACGAGAAACGUCUGCAACGAAUUGCUGCCGAUCAUAAAGCCUCAUGGCAGAGUGGUGAACAUCAGCAGCCUGCUGGGCUCCCGAGCCCUGGAGCAGUGCAGCCAGCCCCUGCAGGAGCUGUUUCGCUGCGAGGCCCUCAGAGAGGAGGACCUGGUGGACCUCAUGAAGAAGUUUGUGGAGGAUGCGAAAAAUGAAGUGCAUGAGAGUGAGGGCUGGCCCAACUGGGCCUACGGGGUGUCUAAGCUGGGGGUCACGGUCUUAUCCAGAAUCCUGGCCCGGCGUUUGGAUGAGAAGAGGAACGCCGACAGGAUUCUGCUCAAUGCCUGCUGCCCCGGGUGGGUGAAGACAGACAUGGCUGGGGAUUUCGGCUCCAGGACUGUGGAGGAGGGGGCAGAGACCCCGGUCUACUUGGCCCUCCUGCCUCCGGAUGCCACUGAGCCGCAGGGCCAGCUAGUCCGGGACAAAGUGGUCCAGAACUGGUGAAUGGUGAAGGCCUUCUGUGGUGCAUACUGCUUAAUAAAUGAGGGGCGGUGAAGGGAUCCCGUGCUGGAGUCUGGUGUGUUUCUGUCCUCUGUGGAUUGCGAUCUCCCCGUGGGAAGAUGUCUAGUUCUGAAAUCAAGCCGAGUGACUUUGUUACACCCACACUCGAGCCUGCGAGGAAGAACCU